AUGGCUGGCCUUCAAAACGACGCGUAUUCUCCCUCCGCCCCCGUGCAAACCGAAUCCGGCCUCGUUUCCGGACGCGUUCUCACGAACAAAACCCGAGCCUUCCUCGGGGUUCCUUACGCUGCACCGCCCACCGGCUCUCUCCGCUGGCGUCCCCCGCAGCCUCCCAUCCCCUGGUUUGGCGUCCGAUCCGCCACCUCGUUCGGCCCGAGCGCCUUCCAAUUCCCGCCGCCUGCCAACUCCAUCUACUACGGAGGCGAAACCUCCUUCUCGGAGGACUGUCUCUACCUCAACAUCUACACCGGCCCGGAACACGAACCCACCACCACCACCACCACCACCCCUCGCCCGGUGCUGGUCUGGUUCCACUUCGGCGCCUUCCAGUUCGGCUCCGCCUCCAACCCCAUCUACUCGGGCGCGCACCUCGCCGCCGCGGGUGGCCUGACCGUGGUGACGGUGAACUACCGCCUCGGCCGCCUGGGCUUCCUGGCCCACCCGGCGCUGACCGCCGAGGCCGAGUCCUUGAAGUUGUCAUCGUCCCCAGGUAAUAACGACCAUGGCGGCACCGGCGGCACCGGCGGCACCAGCGGCAACUACGGCAUCCUGGACCAGAUCGCCGCGCUGCAGUGGGUGCGCCGCAACAUCCGCGCCUUCGGCGGCGACCCGGCCGCCGACGCCAUCACCAUCGGCGGGGGGUCCGCCGGCGGCGCGAGCGUGCACAUCCUGCGGGCGUCGCCGCUGGCGCGCGGCCUGUUUGGCAAGGCCGUGGUGGAGAGCGGGCCGGGGGUGGCGCCCGUCGUGGCGGGCGGUGGUGGUGAUGAUGCGCGCGGCCACGUCGCGGCGUACACGAGCCUGGCCGCAGCCGAGACGGCCGGCGUGGAGCUGGCGGCGGGUUUGGGCGCGUCGUCCGUGGAGGAGCUGCGCGCGCUGCCUGCGGCGGCGAUUGCGGGUGUGCACCUGGAGCGCGCGAGCGGGAGGUGGAGGGCGGAUCUGUGGCCCGCGGCGAGGACGAGUCUGAGUAUUUUUGAUACGGCCUGUCCGGUGGUUGAUGGCUAUGUGCUGCCGGAGUCGCCGCUCACGGCGCUGUUGGAGGGGAGGGCGGCUGAUGUUCCAUUGUUGGCGGGGAAUGUUGGGGACGAGGGGUCUGGCAUGCCGUUUCUCGGGUCCGUGGCCGAGUAUGAGGAGUACGUGAGGAAGACGUUUGGAGAGCUGGCCGCGGAGGCGCUCCAGCUGUAUCCGGCGGGCAACGAGGAGGAAGUCCGGCAGGCGACGUCGCAGCUGCUUGCCGACCAGGUGUUUGUGUGGUCGACGUGGUCUUCGGCGCGGUUGCAGGCCAAGACGCUCAAGUCAUCUGUGUGGUAUUUCAAGUUUGAGCGCGCCCCGCCGAUCCCGAAAAACGCGGACUUGGUCGAAAAGACGCGCGCGGGUGCUUUCCACUGCGCCGUCGUACCGUAUGCCUUCGGCAAUCUCGACGCCUGGGAGUGGGACUGGACGGAUGCCGAUAAGGAGCUUUCGAAGAGUGUCUCGGAUGCCCUGGUACGAUUUGUAAAAACGGGGCGUCCGGGUGGUGACCAAGAGGAUGACGACACCUUUUGGCCUGCAUUGGGUUCGGGGGCCUCCUUGGUCAAGAUCUGGGAUGCCGAGUCGUCGAGGCUUGAGGCACCGGGACCACGCCUGACGAGUGUGACGGCGUUUUGGGACAAGUAUUACGGGAUUGAGGGUCAGGUUGCUGUAUGA